AUGCUUCGAGGUCUUCAGGUCACUAUAGAUUCCAGAAACUUCCCCGAUCAAGCGAUGACCACAGUGGGCGACAUAUUCUUUACACGUAUGCUUCAAGCUUCUGAUUUAGAUGGAGUGAAUGAAUGCACAGAAGAAUACGAGGACUCAUUAACUAGACCACUGAAUGCAGAUGAUGGCACACCAUUAGCUAGAACAUGGAAAGACCAAACUUCAUUCUUAUGCACUAUUCCAGUUCAACGUGAUGGAGCGGGUAUAUUCUUUGAUGGAUUAGAAACUUUCAACUCACAAGUUACAGUACAAGUGAAAGCUUAUCCAAUCAUUCAGGGUGAAAAUGACACUUACUGUUCAAAGGUGACAAAUCCUCCUCAGGUUUGGUUUACUAGGACUACAUAUUGGACAUGGACACCGGACGAAGGUUUGAAAUAUCAUCCAACAGGUACACCACCACAGUAUAGAAGUUCAUAUGAUGAAAUAUUGAUGAAUAGAAAUGUUUAA